AUGAGUGACACGGAAAAAUUCACGCGGCUCUCACUGGCCGGAGCACAUGUCGAUGUGAACUUUGACACUUGCACCACUUUCACUGUUACUGCCCAAGCGGUAGCUGUGCCACAGGCAAAAAUUAUAGGAGGGAGAGUUGCAGCCGCAGGCGAGAUCCCAUGGCAAGUGUCCGUGCAGACUUCAAACGGGCGCGCGCACUUCUGCGGCGGCUCCAUCAUUUCCUCCGAGUGGGUCGUCACGACGGCCCGCUGCACUCUGGACCGCACCCCUGAGGAGAUCGUCAUCGGCGCCGGCUCCAUCGACAGACUCACCCCCAAGUCCGUGCACAAGGUCUCGCAAAUCUUCGCCAACUCCUCGUUCCAAACCCUCUUCCUGACCGGCGACCUGGCCGUCCUCAGGGUGACACCACCCUUUGAGUGGAGCUUGGAGGUCGCCCCUAUUGCUCUCCCCAGCAGCAGGGCCUCUACAGGCCUAUUGGCUACUGUGUCCGGCUGGGGAACGACGUCCAUCAACGGACCUAACCCUGUCCUUCUGCAGAGGGCCCAGGUGCCCAUUUACGACAACAAGGACUGCAACACGCUCUAUUCGCUGCUGGGAGGCGUCCCGGAAGAUCAGAUUUGUGCCGGCUUUAGGAAGGGUGGGGUGGACGCCUGCUCAGGUGAUGGCGGAGGCCCACUUUUCGCCGACGGGGUCCUGUACGGGGUUGUUUCUUGGGGCUUUGGGUGUGCAACCAAAUUCCCUGGCAUCUACACCGAAAUUUUCUAUCACAAAGAUUGGAUCAAGAAAAUCACGGGAGUUUAA